AUGUUCUCUUGCUGUGAUAGCGAGGAAGAAGGCAAUGAGAAGGCCGAAUGCAUGGAUAUUUACGAAUCCGCAAAGGAUAUCGAGAUCCUUGUCCGACUCUUGCAUGACCCGCCUCAGACCUUACCAGAGACAAAGCCAUUAAAGCGAAGUGCAAUGGAACCAAACAUCCAUUACAAACCAGCACCCACUCAAACAGCAAUCCCACAUCCUCUACUCCCUCGCCUCUUCGCCCUGGCCGACAAAUACUUAUUCAAUCCACCCAUCACAAAAGUCCUCCACUCCCACCUCUCAGCACAAACACCAACCGCGCCUCUCCUCGUCUACGGUCUCGCAACUGGCCACUCCCUCCGCGAAAUCGCAGAUAAAGCAAGCACUUUCCUCGCAUCCACACCUCUCUCAUCAUUCACCUCAAAAGAAAUCAAAAUCAUCCCAACAGCAGAAGCGUUACACAAUCUCUUACUCCUUCAAACCCAUCGUCAACUGAAAUUCAAAGAGUUACUUAUGAAAGAAGAGCUCUUCCCACACGGAUAUGGUGUAUGUGAUGCCCACAAAGUACAUGUUGAAUCGUUGUGGGAAACAACUCGUCAGGCAAUCUUACCAGAUGUACACUCAGGUGAGAUUGAAUCUCUGAAAUAA